AUGGAUCUCCCGGGCAUCUCCGACGGGUUCCGGCGCCUGCGGCGCCACACGGAGGCCGCGGGCGACAUGUCGGCGGCGGCCCAGGACGUGCGCGCCCGCCAGUACGAGCGCGUCUGCGAGAACUUUCGGAUCCUGCGGCGCAAGUACGACUCGCUCAAGGAGGUGCACCAGGCGCUCCUCUGGGGCGACGCCGUGCUCGCGCACGAGGGGCUCGCCGCGGGGCUGCCCGCGGUGGACCCGACGCUCGUCGAGGAGGCCCACCGCGUCGGCGACGUCACGACGGCCGCGACGCUCGGCUCGGGCGCGUGCAGCAGCGUGCUCGAGGGCGCCUGGCCCGACGGGCGCCCCUGCGCCGUCAAGCGCAUCUCGAAGCGGGACGCGAAGACGCUCCAGGAGGUGCGCAACGUCGCGUCGGAGCUCGAGGCGCUGCGGGCCCUCACGGGCGCGCCGCACGCGCUCGAGCUCCAGGCGGCGUUCGCGUCGCGCGACCACCUCUACUUCGUCGUGGAGCGCUUCGGCGAGGAGCUCUACGCCCUCCUGAAGCGCGACGCGUGCGCGCUCGCGCCGGCGCAGCAGGCGGGCGUCGUCCACGGCGUCGCCGCGGGGCUCGCGCACAUGCACUCGCUCGACCUCGUGCACCGCGACGUCAAGCCCGAGAACGUGCUCCUCGCCGACGUCGUGCCCGGCGGCGGCUUCCGCGACGUCCGCGUCAAGCUCUGCGACCUGGGCCUGUCGACGCGCGUGCGCGCGGCGCCGUCGCCCGCGUGCGCGACCGCGACGCUCGCCCUUGGCGGCCGCGCGGCGCCGCCGCGCGGCCGCGCGGCGCGCGCGCCGCUCUUCCAGUGCUGCGGGUCCAUGGGCUUCUUCGCGCCGGACAUGCUCGACCCGGCGGGCUACGACGGCUGCGCCGCGGACGCCUGGAGCCUCGGCUGCCUCGCGCUCGAGCUCGCGGCGGGCGCGCGGCUCUUCGCGCGCGUCUGGUUCCGCGAGUACAAGGCCUUCUUCGCCCGGCGCGGCGACCGCGACGGCGAGCACGGCCGCUUCGUGGCCAAUUUAGCGCCCCUCGCGCGCGCGCUCCGGGGCUGCGGCGAGCUCGCGGCGGAGCCCGACGUCGCGCGGGACCUCGAGGACUGCCGCGUGCUCUGCCGCCAGUCGCCGGCCUUCGCCGGCGCGAGCGCGUGCCUCGACGCGGACCCGGCGGCGCGCCGGACGCCGGCGGAGGCGCGCGACGCCCUCGCGGCGACGCACGCGCGGCGGCCCUCGGACGCGUCGGCGGACAGCGCGGCGUCGCGCGGCCGCGUGCACCCGGAGGGCGCGCCCGCGGACGCGCGGCCGUCGCUCGCGAGCUCGCUCCGGGCCGUGCUCGGCGGCCGCGAGGCGUCGAGCCCCGUCGCGCCCGCGGCGCCCGAGGCGGCCGCGGCGGCCGCGGCGCCCGAGGGGCCCGCGGCGCCGCCCGCGGCGCCCGCGCCCGCGAGCGCCCGGCGGCUCCUCGUCGUCGACGACGAGCCGGCGAGCCUCCUGGCGACGCGCGACGCGCUCCGCGCGGCCUACGGCUGCCGCGUCGACGCGGCGUCGAGCGCGCUCGACGCGCUCGACGCGCUCGAAUCGGAGGCCUACGACGCCGUCCUCGUCGAGCUCGGGCUCGGGGGCGCCGGCGGCGCGGCCGUCGUCGCCGCCGCCGGCGACCGCGCCGACGGCGACCGGCCCUUCGUCGCCGCCCUCGCGCGCGGCGCCGGCGCGCUCCCGGACGCCGCCGACCUCGGCGCGGACGUCGUCGCGCGCGCGCCCCUCGACGCCGCGGUCCUCCGCGGCGCGCACUUCUGGUGA